GUGUAAUAAAAGAGAAAGUUUAGAUUGUUUCUGUAGCGAUAUACAUUUUAUAAACUACAUAGCACACUGGUUAUCAAUAAAUAUAGUAGUAGACUCUUCAAACAGAGAUCGAAGGUACAUCAUAGCAUCAGAAUCUGACAUUAUGGAUGACACUGAAGUGAAGAACAAGGAUACUGACAAAGGAACGAGACACAAAGGGAAGCAUGACAAACCAAAGCCUGAUGUCGAUCCGGCUAAAGUUUGGAAGAUUGUACCUGCUCCGGAUGAAGCAUGUUUACUUGAAGUUAGCUCUUUCUCUACUCUCUUCCCUCAAUAUAGAGAGACGUAUUUGCAAGGUGUUUGGCCUCAGGUUAAAAGUGCAUUGAAAGAACAUGGAAUCACAUGUGAGCUGGAUUUGGUCAAAGGGUCAAUGACUGUUUCUACAACAAGAAAGACAAAGGAUCCAUAUAUUAUAGUGAAAGCUAGGGAUCUGAUUAAGCUCUUGUCCAGAAGUGUACCUGCAAGUCAGGCACUUAAGAUUUUAAUUGAUGAAAUGCAAUGUGACAUUAUCAAGAUUGGUGGCUUAGUUCGAAAUAAGGACAAAUUUGUCAAACGAAGGCAGCGGCUGAUUGGGCCUGAUUCUUCCACUCUAAAGGCACUUGAGAUUUUGACAGAAUGCUAUAUUCUUGUUCAGGGAAACUCGGUAUCUGCUAUGGGUUCCUAUAAAGGCUUGAAACAAGUAAGAAGGAUAGUAGAAGAAUGUAUGUUGAAUAAAAUGCAUCCGCUGUAUAAUAUUAAAGUGCUGAUGAUGAGGAGAGAUCUUGCUAGUAAUCCGGAACUUGCGAAUGAGAACUGGGAUAGGUUUUUACCCAAGUUUAAAAAGAAAAAUGUUAAACAAAAGAAAGUUAAGAGUAAAGAGAAGAAAGAGUAUACACCAUUCCCUCCGCCGCAACCACCAAGCAAGAUCGAUAUGCAACUAGACAGUGGUGAAUACUUUUUAAGUGACAAAAAGAAGUCCGCAAAGAAAUGGCAAGAAAGACAGGAAAAACAGGCGGAAAAAACUGCAGAGAACAAACGAAGGCGGGAAGAAGCCUUCAAGGCUCCAGAGGAAGCUCGAGUGCAAGAUGAUGAUAAAAACCACAAGGACGAUAUAGCAGCAAUGGCUGCAUCCUUGAAGAACAAAGCAAAGGAGUUUGGCAAUAGGAAAUCUAGUAAUGAUGAAAUCGAUGCUGAAAUGUACAUCGCGGCAUCAGGUCAGCCAUCGUCUAAGAAAAAACGGAAGAACAAGAAUUAAGUUAGUACCAUGCAUCAGCAAAGUUCUAAUGUUAGUUUGGGAUGAUUUAUCAUCAGUUUUGUUAUGUAUGUGGGAGUGCAUGUUAAAAAUAUCUAUGUUUUUAUAUUUAUAUUUA